AUGGCUCGCCUACGAAAACUCGCCAUGCACGAAAAGGAUGAACAGAACAGAACACGUUCCAUGAGUAUGAGCAUGACUGGUCACUCUCAUCCGAUGAUGGCCGGCAUCGCCCCGAGCAUCAACGGUUCGGGAACAGCCAGCACCAUGUCUACUCCUGCCAUGGCCAAUAUGCCCAAUCCCUUGGCCGGCCCACGGCCUCAAAGCCAAGCGAGCGGCAGGAUCCCCCAGCAGCCCGGAAUGGGCCAGCCCGGUCAACCAGGCAUGGGUCCCGGCGCCUCUGGUCAACCCGGCAUGGGUCCCCAGCAGCAAGGCCCAGGCAUGCCACCAGGCCAAAUGAACGGCCCUCCCCAGCAACCUGGCAUGGCCGGCCCCCCACAAGGAAUGGGCCUCCAAGGCCAACAGAGACCGCAACAGCCUGGAAUGGGCAUGCCACCAGGUCCCAUGCAAAUGACACCCAGUAUGACACACGCAUCAACACCCCACGCCUCGACGCCCUCGGCUCCACAUAUCUCUUCUAGCCCGUCUCCGGUCCCGACUCCACCCCAGACUUUCCCAGGCGGACCGGGUCCUGGGCCAUCGCCCCAGCAAACCCAGUUUAAUCCACAAUUUAAUCCUUCGCAACCGCCGUUUUCAGGUCCCAACGGGCCUGGUGCAGGUCAACCUCCGUUCCCAGGCCAGCCUGGCCAGUUCCAGGGCGGUCCGGGUGGUAACCAACAGCAGUUCAGGCCAGGUCCAGGACAGUCCGGUCCUCCAGGACAAAACGGACCGUUCCCCUCGGGCUCUGGUCCUGCGUUCCAGCCAGGCGCCAACGGACCAGGUCCGGCCAGUCAGAACUUUGGACCCGGCCAACAAGGCUUCCCGCCUGGAGCUCCUGGCUCUCAACCUUUCCAACCAGGUCCGGGCGGACAGUUUUCGGGUGGACCGAGCGGGACUGGCUUCCCGCCCAACGCGAGACCGGUGCAAGGUCCAGGCGGCAUGUUUAACCAAACACCCGAUUGGGCGCAGCGGCCUCCGCCCAACAACAACAUGGGGCCCGGCGGUCCUGAACAGGGUCGACGACCGGAUGGAUCCUGGCCCGACGACGGACGACCGAGGCCUGGUCCGGGUGGGAUGAUGGGCCAGCCGCCGAGCAAGAUGGGGCCGAAUCCGGGCAUGCUGAGGUAUCCGCCCGGACCCCCGCAAAUGAUGGGCAUGAACGGACCUCAGCCUGGGAUGGGAGGAGGGCCGCAACAACAGCAGAUGGGCGGGCCUCAACAGAUGGGUGGUCUGCCGAUGGGUGGACCCCAGCCUUCGCCGAAAGAAGAUCCUCGGAGCAUCACGCCACAGCAAACUCAAGCCGGAUGGACGAACGAGGGUGGAGUGAAUAUGCAACGGCGGCCAGGUGUGGCCGGCCAGGGGGGUCAAAUGGGGCCGUCUGGAAUGCCGGGGCCGGGACCGGGACGAGGGUUUAAUCCCCAAGGUCCGCCACAGGGGCCGGGACAGCAGGGGCAAGGACAGAAACGACCUGUGUCGCCUCCUCCGGCUGCGACCAUGAGCUUGGGCGGGUCGCCGCCUGAUCCUAAGCGCCCGAGACCGAACGAUCCUGGACCGGGCGCCUUGGUCGAGUCGAGGACCGGGCCGGAUGGGAGGCCCACUUCGUCCAAAGGUGGACCGCCGUUCCAGGGCAUGCAGCAGCAGCAGGGCAAUCCGGGUAUGAAUGGCCAAGGGCCCAACCCCCAGCAACAGCGAUUACAAGCCGAUCAGCAAUAUACUAUGGAGAUGCGCGGCGCGAUACUGAGGCAAGGAGGCCCCCAGGCGCCGCCGUUUGCAAAGAACCCGGGCCAGGUGAACGGUGCAGGUCCUGGGCAACGAGGAUCGAGGCCGCCUGACGCGCCGUCUCCCGCGUCUGGUGGUGACAGCGCUGGCCAACCACGGCAGGUGAUGAACGUCAAGGGCCAAGCGAGCGGCUCGAUGGGUCCCCCCGCCUCCCCCAGUCUAACGCAUCGUAAUGUAGGAGGGGUGAAAAAGCCGGAGAGCGCGGGGAGUAGUCCGGCACUCGCGUCGAGCACGGUCCCGAAUGGAAUGAACAAUCCCGGAGAUCGAAGUCAUACGCCCGUCAAGCCGUCGGAUACCCACUCGCCCAUGCCGGUGCCCAUGGUCCGCCCGCAGAGCGCCCAACCGGCGAUGAACCAAGGUCCAUCGGGUAUUCCCCCUCCACCACCCGGGUCGGCGCCACCUAUGUUCCCUCCGGCCCAGUCCCCAUCGAACGGCAUCCUCACGUUUGACGGCAAGUUUGGGGACCAGUUUGAUUUCUCGGGCGGGAUGGAUUUUCCGACCUUUGGGAAUGACAUUCUAGCGGACAUGGACCCAAUGUUCGGCAUCGACAGCGUUGGUUGGACAAACGACGAUUAA